UCCAAUUUUGUGCAGGAAGAUCUGAAGUUUGCUCCUACAGAUGAGACCUUGCAAAGAAGAGAGAGAGUGAGGGCAGCCAUGCUCCAUGCCUGGACAUCAUAUGAGAAAUUCGCCUGGGGUGAAGACGAGCUACAACCUUUGACAAAAAAUGGGGUGAACAGUUUUGGUGGUCUUGGUGCCACCAUUAUAGACGCAAUGGACACACUCUAUAUCAUGGGCCUCCACACCCAAUUUCAGAAAGCUAGAACGUUCGUAGCUGGGCUCAACUUUAACAUAAACUAUGAGGUCAAUCUGUUUGAAACAACAGUUCGAAUUCUGGGAGGGUUGAUAAGCACAUAUGACCUCACAAAGGAUGAUAUUUUCUUAACGAAAGCGAGACAAUUAGCCGAUAGGUUACUUCCAGCAUUCAAUACUGAGACUGGAAUACCCUAUGGGAGGGUGAAUCUGGCAAGUGGAGAGGCGAGAAAUCCUGGAGCCAGUGUGCUGGCUGAACUUGGAACCUUGCAAGUUGAGUUUAUUGCUCUGUCACAAAGAACUGGAUUGCAAAAGUAUCGCAUCAAGGUUGAAACUGCCAUGAGAACAAUUCAGAAAAUAUUUCCAAAAGAUGGACUCCUUCCUGUUUACAUUGACCCACAUACCCUACAACGGUAUGACAAAGUUACCUUUGGGGGUACAGGUGACAGCUUUUAUGAGUACCUUCUAAAAACAUGGGUUCUUGGAGGUAAAACACAAGCAGUACAAGGUUAUAGACAAAUGUGGGAGAGAUCUAUGGAUGGUUUGAUGACCUUGAUUAAAAAAAAAGCACCAUACUAUUAUGUAUUUGAACGCAAUAGUAAUGGUGACCUUUUUCCCAAGAUGGAGGAGCUUGCUUGUUUUAUUCCUGCUAUGCUUGUUCUUGGCUCUUAUGAUGCUUCAGCUCAAAAGAAAAAUCAGUAUCUUUGGCUUGCCCAACAGUUGACCACCACCUGCUAUAAUUUUUUCUAUUCCUCACCUAUAAGAAUUGCUGCUGACACUUAUAUUUAUAAUGGCAAGGAAAUGACAAUUCAAGAUCCAAAGAACAUUAUGAGACCAGAGACUCUUGAGUCAAUUUUUUAUAUGUGGCGAUUAACAAACAAUAAAGCAUAUAGAGAAUGGGGUUGGAACAUUUUUUUGGCAUAUGAGAAAUACUCACGAGUGGAAAAUGGCUAUGUUGGUCAUGUUGAUGUUAUUACUGGUAAAAAAGACAAUAAGAUGCAAAGUUAUUUUUUAGCAGAGACCCUUAAGUAUCUUUUUCUUUUAUAUUCUUCUUCUGAUAAUUUUCUUUUCAAUCAAUGGGUAUUUAACACAGAGGCUCAUCCCAUCAAAAUUAUUCCUAGGUAA